GAUCUUGUGACUUGGAUCGGAAAACCAGAAAACUAUCGUUAGUUUUUCACCUAAAUGAGACAUUUUUGAGCCGAAAAUCAUGAGUUUCUUCGGGUUUGGGACGACAGCUGAUAUCGACGUGGUCUUGGACGGCUCCCAGACGCGGAAAUACGUCGAGCAUAAGACAGAAGAGGGGAGAAAGGAGAAAUAUCCGCUGUACUAUGAUGGCGAGACAGUGGCUGGGAAGGUCAGUGUGAGCCUGAGUAAGGCGGGGUCCAAGCUGGAGCAUCAGGGCAUCAAGAUAGAGUUCAUAGGUCAGAUCGAGCUGUACUACGACAGGGGAAACCACCACGAGUUCAUCUCACUGGUCAAAGAGUUGGCGCGGCCCGGCGUACUGACCCAGUCCACGUCUUUCGACUUUGAGUUCAUUAAUGUGGAGAAACCUUACGAGUCGUACACGGGAGCCAACGUCAAGCUCAGAUAUUUCCUGCGCGUGACGAUCGUGCGUCGACUGACAGACGUAACCAAGGAGAUGGACAUCGUUGUCCACACCCUCUCCACCUACCCGGAGGUCAACAACAGCCUCAAGAUGGAGGUCGGCAUUGAGGACUGUCUGCACAUAGAGUUCGAGUACAACAAGCAGAAAUACCAUCUGAAGGAUGUGAUAGUGGGAAAAAUCUACUUCUUGCUUGUGCGAAUCAAGAUAAAACACAUGGAACUGGCCAUCAUCAAACGGGAGACCACCGGCACGGGCCCGAACAUCUAUAACGAGAACGAAACGGUAGCGAAGUAUGAGAUUAUGGACGGCGCGCCGGUUCGCGGGGAGUCGAUCCCGAUCCGCCUGUUCCUGGCCGGGUACGAUCUCACGCCCACGAUGAGGGACAUCAACAAGAAGUUCUCUGUUCGGUACUACCUGAACCUGGUGCUGGUGGACGAAGAGGAGAGAAGAUACUUCAAACAACAGGAGAUAGUGCUGUGGCGUAAGGCUGACAGAGUUCGCACUGGGGGACAGGCGGAUGAGUCCACUGCAUGGGGGAGGGACUACCAGGCUUAGGGUGGAAUGGGAGAGUCCAUUCAGGAUGGGGGAGGGACUACCAGGCAUAGGAAGGAAUGGGAGAGUCCAUUCAUGAUGGGGGAGGAGAGGGACAUCUAGUGAACCUUGUUACUUUUGUUGUAAUGUUUAGCGUACAUUGUAUUUACAAUUAUGUGAAGACGAUAAAAGAAUUGUAUGAAAUGUGACCAAUUGUUAUAACUGAUUAGAAACAUGUAACUGCUCAUUUAAAAUAAGACUUUACCUGUUACUAUUAUAAUAGCAGGAUUAUACAUAAAAUUUAUUGUACCUCAUUUCUUUCUACUUUUCUUUCCCAAUGAAAGAAAGAAUUACUUUUAUGUUUAUUCUAGAGAUUAUUUGAUGAAUGCUCUAUAAAAGAGAGCAGUCUUUUCUCCUUGUGGCUCUAAACAUGUCCAAAAAUCCAGACAUGAUACGAAAUAGUGGGCAACUUUAACUGGUUUAUUGAAUGUGAUCUGUCAAAGUUUUCUUAUCUACUAGUAUUGAGAUAAUGUAACAGUUAAUUAUGUUGUGGUCUGUAUCAUGAUAAUACAGAGUAUGGAUUCAAGAAACAUGAGGAAAUAUGUAUCUAAAUUAAAAAGUUUAAAUGUAA